AUGAUCGAUGCUUCGACUCGCCUACGGCGAGCCAUCCACCUCAACGACGCGGUCCUUGUCCGGCGCAUUGUGCGUAACAACCCCAAGCUGCUUCAAAACCCGGACUUCGAGGACAAAAGCAAUACAAGUCUGCACCUGGCGGCUGCAAAUGGCCUACUGGAGAUUGCGCGGUACCUUAUCGAGGCGGGACACGAGAGUGUAGAGAUCAGCCGGAACACCAACCAUGACACACCUCUUAUAUUGGCGGCACAGCAUGGCAAGAUCGAGGUAGGCAAGCUGUUAGUCGACAGCUUUCCGAGAUCUGUGCCGAUGUUCAAUAAAUUCGGCCUCGAUGCUCUCGCGCUCGCCAGUCAGCAUCCUGCAAGUACUGGCCUGAUACCAAUCUUGCUUAACAACGAGGACUACCCAGCGUCACCACACGUACAGGACCAGGACGGUAACACGCCGCUACAUCACGCUUCUGCGUCGGGCUCACUGAAAGCAUUGCGGAUACUACUUGCGGCUGGCGCAAACCCACUGGCAAAGAACAACCACGAUUGGACACCUUUGGCUUAUAGCCAGACUGUAGCUGCCGAAGUCUACUUCAAGAACCUCGUUGCGGAGUUCGAGAGGAGGAAGGUAGAAGGCGCGAAGCAAGGGGAGGAAAGGGAGAGGCAGCGUGCUGCGGGCGUGAGGAUUGUGGAGGACGAGGGUGGUGGUUCUAGGCCUGGAGACGCUGAUGAGGAUGCGAUGAUUGGGGAUGCGUUGAAGAGACACUGGAGUCCAAUGGAGAGGAAGAGACCUAUGACGCCGGGGUCGGUGCCACGCCAUGAGUGGGGACCUGGUUUGUAUCAUGCGAGGACUAGGUCGAGCAGUGGUGGAUGA